GCGGAGGUGGUGGUGGUGGUGGUGGGUGUGCGCCUUUAUCUGUAUUUAAGCACCGGCUGCUCACACAUUUUGCAUCGCGAAAGAAAAGUUUUACAUUCACUGACAGCAGCAUGGCGAGUGACAAGAAGGCACCCCUGGGCUCCAUCGAGAACCCGAUAAAGUUUAAAGAUCAGGACUUCAAGACUCUCCUGGAAGAGUGUCUGAAGUCCGGGAAGCUGUUUGCUGAUUCAGCCUUUCCAGCUGAACAGAAGUCCAUCGGUAUGCCGGAAGAUCCGGACCCAAAAAAGGCGAUCAAGUGGCAGCGACCCAAGGAGAUCAGCAAGAACGCUGUGUUUGUGGAGGGCACGACUGGGACCACUGACAUCUGCCAGGGCCAACUGGGUAACUGUUGGCUGCUGGCGGCGCUCUCCUGUCUGACCAUGCACCCCACGCUCUUUGUGAAGGUGGUGCCACCCAACCAAACCCUGUCCAAGCCUUAUGCAGGGAUCUUCUAUUUCAGGUUCUGGCAGUAUGGUGAGUGGGUGGAGGUGGUUGUGGAUGACAGGCUGCCAGUACGCGAAGGCCGUCUGCUCUUCAGCUACUCUCACACCCGCAACGAGUACUGGAGCGCCCUGGUGGAGAAGGCCUAUGCCAAGUUGAUUGGAUGCUACGGAAGCCUGAAGGGGGGCAACAUAUCCGAGGGGAUGGAGGAUUUCACAGGAGGCAUCGCACGCUCUGUGCAGGUCUCCUCUCAUACCCCUCGAGUCCUCUGGAGGUCUCUGACAGCUGCCCUGUCUCGAGGAAGCCUGCUCAGCUGCUUCAUCCAGGCCAGCAGCUGUAGUGAGGUUGGUAAAGUGACGGGAAACGGGCUGAUAAAGGGCCACGCUUACGCCAUCACAGACACCGACAAGGUGAAGAAAGAGUCAGAGGAGGUUUUGUUGCUGAGACUGAGGAACCCCUGGGGUUUUGUCGAAUAUUGUGGACCAUGGAGUGACAAGGGUAAAGAGUGGGAGGACGUGGACAAAGCAGAGAAGGAAAGGAUCCAGUUGAAUAAGGAAGAAGAUGGAGACUUCUGGAUCAGCGCUGAGGACUUCUCCAAACUGUUUGAUAUCGUGGAGCUCUGCAGUGUGAAUCCUGACACUAUUGAGGAGGGAAACACACCUGACUCUCAGUCCACCUGGACCCUCAGUGAACAUGCGGGAUUCUGGGUAUCGGGGAGCUCUGCUGGUGGAAGCCGUAGAUACAACAAGUCAUUCUGGAAGAAUCCUCAGUUCCAGCUGGUUCUCACAGAGCAGGACAACGAGGAUGAGGAAAGUAACGACGAUGAUGAGGAUGAUGAGGAUGAUGAGGAUGAGGAUGGUAACGUCGAUGAUGAUGAUGAGGAUGAGGCGAUGACUCCUGAGGAGAAGAAGAGAGAAGAGAGGCAGAAGGAGAAAGCCAAACAGUGCACCGUGCUGGUGGAGCUGCUGCAGAAAAACCGCAGGCAGAAGGAUAAAAUCCACUUCCUCUACAUAGCUUUCCACAUCUACAAGGUUCCUUCUGAGCUCCAGGGUGUGUGUCUGAGCCGCAGCUUCUUCAUGAAGAAUCGUCCAGUGGGUCGCUCUGGGAAAUAUAAGGCCCAGAGGGGUGUGUGGAGGAAGCUGCAUCUGUACCCGGGUAACUACAUCCUCGUGGCGUCCACCUAUAGACCCAACCAGACCGGAGAGUUCUUUGUUCGCAUUUUCUCCAAGACUGGAAACACUCUGGGGACUGAGGACUUUACCUGCUCCUCCGGCUACCUCCCGGUUAUGGCAGCUCCCAUCUCCCUGGACGAUCACGUGAGAGUUCAGAAGACUUUUGAUGAGGAGGCUGGCCCAGAUGACAGACUGAAUGCCAAGGAGCUCAUGACGCUGUUCAAUUCAGCUCUUGUCAAAGAUUACCAUCUGCCACUGGAGACAUGCAGGCAGCUCAUCUUUGGAGAGGAUACUAAAGGGCUCUCCAGUCUCAGCCGUAAACAAACAGAAACCCUGCUGUCCAGUCUGCGCAAUCUGCAGUCCAUCUUUUUUCAGUUUGACGAGGACUCUUCCGGGACCAUGAGCCCCUUUGAGCUCAGUACAGCGCUGCAGGCUGUUGGUAUGCAGUGUGAUAACAAGGUAACUCAACUGCUGUCUGUGCGGUUUGCAUCUGGAGAUCUUCACAUGCCCUUUCAUGGCUUUGUGUCAUGUGUCACCAGGCUGCACAAACUCUUUGCUCUGUAUGAAUCAGAGACCAGUCAAGAGGUGAAAGACAGAGGGAUCAACUCUUGGCUGCUUCAGUUCCUGACAAUGUGAAGAGGCUUUAUGAACAAACAGGGUCUCUCCGUUAGACCUGAGCCACAGUCUGCUGUUGAUUCCAAAACAUAGACAACAUUAUAAGAACUGUAUUUUAAAACUGUUCUUUCACGUGAGCUUUAUUCCAAAGCAACAGCUUGUUGCUUCAUCUCGUACCAUUCUCAUAUUUCUGGCUAUAGCCUUGAUGUUGGUUCAAGGUUCAGUUUUAUAGUCAGUUUAUAAUACAAGAUUGCAAAGUUAAAUGCAGUGGUUGCCCCCUCCACACAGAGUAUAAACAGAUAUUCACAUAUUUAAAUUACAAUAGGAUAAAAUGGACAAUGAACUAGAAUAAAGUAUAUAAGUAUAUAAAUGGGGAGUAACGGAUUACACACAACUGAGUAAUGUAAUCAGGAUACAUAACUGUGAUGUUUUACAGUUACAGAAAAAAUAUGUAAUUAGAUUACAGUUAAAUUUAAGUAAAAUGGGGAUUAUUAGCAGGAUUAAAAUAUAUUUUAAAAUAAAGAACAAGGGGCCAUGUGUUUGACUCCGACCUGUGGCCCUUUGCUGUAUGUCACCCCAUGUGUGUGUGUAUAUAUAUAUAUUUA